GCUUGCAGCAUGCUUUCCCCUUCCAACGCCAUUUUCAUCUGUUUGCUCUGUUUCCCUGGAAAUCAGCGCUUCUGACUCCAGCUCCCGGAUCACGCCCACCCGGCACAGUCUCUGCUUGUGAUUGGUGGUUGCUGAAGGGCUGUGAGUGAUUGUGGGCUGUGAUUGGCUGUGAGUGCUGUCAGUCACGGUGUGAGCAGGUUGUGCGGUGCAGGGGAGCAGCGGGGCGGGUAGUUGGAACUGUGGAAUGAGAGAGAUGAGCGCGGGGCUGAUAUUAAUAUCAGAUACUGAGCUUUUUACACUAAAACACGCAGAUUAAUACAGAUAGAAAUGUUCAGAAUAAAGGAGAAGCCGCGCUGCGGGAGAGCGGGCAGCGGCUAGAGCCCAGGAGCCGGUCAAACAGGUAGUUAGCUAAUUAGCUAACUAGCUUAGCUAACCAGCUAACCCGGCUCGCGCUGGCUGCUGUUACUAACGAGCUAACUACCGCACGCGACCGCCACUGAGUUACAGCUAGUCCGCUAGCCUGUAUGUUUGUUUGUCAUUUCCAGGCCUGACAGCGGCGGUUAACUGUCCUGCAGGCCGUUACACCUGCUGUAAAACUGCUUAAACAAAUCCGCACCUUCACUUAUUCCACUGUUAAUCCCUCAUAUCUUCCAGAAAACACACCGGAGAGGAUACCGGCCGCUGCAGAGCCGAAUAAUGGGUGAAGAGCACAGCAUUAAAGCAUCGCCUGCUUCCCUGAUUAAUUACUGCUGUUGCUGAGAACAUAGCCAGCCAUUGUGAUCUGAAGCGCCGAGCCCUUCGUAUCCGCACACAGAAUGGCAAAGUUGAUGGUCAGAUGUUGUGGCCUAUAGAGAAGCAUGAAGAUUUGAAGACAGAACUGAGUCUCUGCUAUGAGAAGAUCGGCCAUACUUCAGCCCAUCACGGAGUAGCCCAUUGAACACAUUCAGGAACUUCAAGAACGGUCUGAAUGCGAGGCAGAAUCAUCUGCUGAUUUUACAUCUGCUCUGAGAACUUUCAAACCCAAGGUUGAAACCCCUGAAUUACAUGAUUCUUCUCCAGACCCUCCAGGACUGAGUGAGGGAUUUCUACUCUCCAAGAAACAGCAAACAGGGUAUUGGUUGUUGAUCCCGGACGAUGGCGGUCCGUCAGGAUGACUUGCUGCAGCAGCUGAGAGAGCUGUCGGUGUCUGAGCAGGAUGCUAAAGCUCAGGUGGAGGAGCGGGAGGCUCAGAUCCAGGAGCUGCAGGACAUCAUCACAGAGCUCCAUCAAGACAUGUCCCAGAAGGACCAGGACAAGCUCAGCCAGUUCCAGCAUCUCCUGCAGCUCGAGGCCAAAGUGAAGGAGCUCACAGAGAAGUUACAGGGCUCAGAGGAGACUAUAGCUCAGCUGAGACAUGAGGCCACUGAUAGAAGUGCAAAUGAUAUUGCCCUGCACAGAGAUAUGUCAAGUGAUCUUCCAGCAGGACGAGGUGUGGAGAUCCUGAAAAGUGAGUUGCGCCGUCGGGAUGCGAGCGUCCAGAGGCUCCGCAGAGACCUGCUGCUGUCUCACCAGGCCCGCGACGCCCUGAGCGCUCAGCUGGACGUCCAGGAGCAGAGGCUGUGGGAGCUGCAGAGAGAGCUGCAGGAGAGCCAGCAGGAGCUCCAGCGAGGACACAGCCGCUGCCAGCAGCUCCGCGGGGACCUCCAGGGCGCAGCGCAGCAGCUUCACCAGCUGCAAGCUCAGCUGGAUGAAGCGAAAGGGCGGCUGGUCCAGGUGGAAGGUGAGAAUGAAGCUCUCCUGGGAUUCAAACGUCUUCAGGCAGCUGAGGUGGAGAGGCUCAGUGCGGAGCUGUGCUCCAUGCGAACGACAGCACUGCAGAAGAGCAGCGAGGAGGUGCAGGAGGCUCAGAGGAGGUGCAGGACACUGGAAUCAGAACUGUCUAAAACCCAGACUCAGCUCACUAAGUGCCGGGACAGGACACAGGACGUCCAGAAGAAGGCAGAUGAACGCAUACACCAGCUAGAGGAAGAACUUACCGAGCUGAAGGCCAAUCACAGUGCUGCCAGUCAACAGCUGCAGGAGCACACUGCUGAUCUCCAGAGCCUCCAGAAGACCCACAGUGAGCUGCAGGCCCGAGAAAAGGAGUGGCACAGAGACAACUCCUCCCUGCAGGAGCAGCUCAACAAAGCCAGGCAGGAGCUCCACAGCGCCACCCUCAGGGUGGAAGAGCUGCGUCUGAAAGAAGUCCAGAUUGAUGAGCUGCAGAGAGAGGUUGACAGGACGCUGGCACUGCUGGAGAAGGAGAGAGAGGAAGGCAGUCAGGUGGAGGAGUUGGAGAGUCUGAGGGAGGAGCAGCAGCAGCUGAAGGACAAGGUGAUUGAGGCAGAAGCAUGGGCCGGGAAGCUGAAGAGGAAGCUGGAGCAGGUCAGUCAGGAGCGGCAGAGGGAGACGAAGGAGUGGAGGGAACAGCAGCUCUGCUCCUCCGAGAGCCUGAAGCAGACCUAUGCGCAGCUGCAGGAGGCCCAGCGCAGCCUGAACGUCCAGCAGGAGAAGAUCUGCUGCCUGCAGGAUGAGUUGGAUACGCUGCAAGCUGCGCUUGAGGAGCGAGAGGAAAAGCUGGCCGCUCUGACUCUGGAGGAGGAUGCUCUGAGACAGGACCUAAACCAACGGGACCAGGAGGCAUCUGACCUGCACCAGCAGCUCUUGGCCACCCAGAAUGCACUGCAGGAGGUGACGUCUGAGCUCCAGAGCUGCCAAAAAGAUCUUAAGGAACAUGAAUCCCAAGAAGCAAGGCAAGAGCAAAGAGUUACAAAGCUGAAAGCUGAACUGACACAACUGCAGCACCAGUACACCACCUGCUACUCUCAGCUGGUGGAGAAGGAGGCAUCUGUAUCCAGGCUGAGGGCUGACCUGCAGCAGGCGGUGGAGCAGAGGGACCGGCUGACCUCUCAGCUUGAUCUGCUCACGGAGAAACACCAAACAGCACAGCAGGAGGCAGCCAGCAAGGACAAGACAGUGCUGAAGCUGAGCGUGGAGCUGAGAGCCAUUCAGGAACAUCUGACCUCCACACAGGAGGAGCUUGCAGUGCAGGUUGAGGAAGUGAAGUGUAAAGGGGAGGAGCUUGCGGCCGUGCAGAAGGAGGCGAGAGGAUUUCAGAAGGUCCUGAACCGAACGCAGGAGGAGUUAGAGCGGGAGAGGCACCGAAACGUCCAGCUCCAGUUAGAGAACGACGGCCUUCUUACACAGUGCGAGGGCCAUCGGGUGGCGCUGCGCGAGCUUCGUGGGGAGGUGCAGCAGUGGCAGCAGGAGGUGCAGGGCCAGAGGGAGUACCGGGAGGAGGAGGUGCAGAAACUGAGGAAAGAGCUGCAGGAGAACCAGAGUCGCCUCCAGCAGCUCAGAGCCAACCAGGAGCUCCUGCACAGAGAGCUGGAGACGGCCCAGAAACAGCAGAGAGACGCUGAGGACGAGGUCACUCGUCUGCGUGGUCAGGACUCGGAGCGAGUCCGGCUGAAGGCUGAUCUGCUGGAUGCUCAGAAAGUGGCCUCGGAUGCUGAGACCAGGCUUCAGGCCAUCAGUGACUCUGUGGAGCUCUACAGAAACAAGUUUCAGGCCUGCCUGAACAAAGUAGCACAACUGGAGAGUACAGUGCAUGGCCAGGAGGAGGACCUGAAGGAAGCCAGGGCUCAGGCAGCAGAGCGUGAGGAGCAGGUGCUGCGUCUGCAGGAGGAGGCUGCAGCUCUGCGCAGUGAUGUGAAGGCACGCUGUGCUCAGUUGGAGAGUGGAGACGAGGCCCUGGCGCUGCUGAGCCAGAGACUGAGAGACACUCAGAGGGAGCUGGAGCUCAGCAGGGCUCACGUACAGGAGUGUGAGCUGGUCAUCAGCACCCUGCGGGACAACACCACAGCCCUGCGCAGACAGGUGGAGGAGCAGGAGGAGGCUCUGGUGAAGCUGCAGUCUGAUUAUUCAGUAUACAGAGCCACUCACAUUCACUCUGACUCAGACUACCAAUCUCAGCUGUCCCACAUCCGGGAACUGGAAGAGGCGCUGUCCCACUCUCUGGAGCGCUGUGGUCAGGGGGCCCGCGUGCUGGAGAAGCUCAAAGAGGAAGCAAGCCGGCAGCGGCAGCUCAAAGACAGCAGCCUGGCGGAGUUGCAGAGGCUGCAGGAUCUGGUGAGGCAGCUCCAGGCAGACGCUGCGUGUGCGGCCCAGAGCAGGCAGGCAGAGGUGGACGCUCUGGAGCAGAGGGCAGCUGGACUGGAGGAGGAGCUAGAGGCAGCUCGUAGGCAGUGUGCCCAGAAAGAGCAGGCCAUACAGAAGCGAGAUGCGCUCCUGCGGCGCUCCGAGGCUGACCUGGUGCAGGCCCGGGACAAGAUGCGCAGCCGGGCGGCGGAGGCGGAGAGGCAGGCCACCACAGUGCAGGCCCUGGAGGCAGACCUGCGCAGCAGCAGGAAAGAGAGGAGGCAGAAGGAGAACGAGUGCGCCAGCCUCAAAACACAGCUGCUCCAGCUGCGCGACGAGCUGAAGGAGGCCCACAGCAGCUGCAGAGAGAGCGCUCAGGAGCUGGCGCGGCAGGAGGAAAAGGUGCUGCUGCUGGAAGGAGGGCAGCAGCGGGCACAGGAGGAGCUGGCAGAGCGGGUGGCUGAGGUGGUGAGGGCAGAGCAGAGUCAGAGGAGACUGCAGGCUGAACUCAGGAGACUCCAGCAGAGACUGGACACUACAGAACAGGAGCUUCAGGACGGCAGGUUUUUACUGGAGCAGCUGAAGGGGGAGGCCAGCAGCAGCAAGAAAGCUCAGCUGGAGGCCCAGCAGGAGAGCACAUGGCUGCGGCAGGAGCUCCAGGAGGAGCUCAGCAGCAGCAGAGAGGCGCUGGCACGGCUGCAGGAGCAGCUGAAAGAGCAGGCAGAAGCCGCUCAGGCUCUGCAGACAGAGCUGGCACUGGAGCAGACCAGGCAAAAGGAACAGCUGAACUGGGUUCAGAGCAUCAGUCAGAGAGAGAGCAGCCUGGAGGUGGAGAAAGAUCAGCUCAGGACUGAACUGGAAACAGCAAGAAAACAGCUGAGCGAGCUGCAGAGCGCCACCCUGAGGCUGCAGGAGGCAGACGCAGGCGUGCAGGCCGAGCUGCAGCAGUGCAGACGAGAGCUGGAGAGCCGAGACGCUCGCAUAGAGAAGCUCAGCCAGGAGUUGGCUGAGCGCAGUCGGGAGGUGCCGCGACUGCAGCAGCGUCUGCUCCAGCAGACUGAAGAGAAGACGGCCCUGCAGGAGACGAUCUCGCAGUUGACCACAGAGCUGCAGAAACUGCACAGUGAGAGCAGACUGUCUCAGGAUGAGGCUCGAACGUUUGAGGGUCGUCUGUCGGAGUUGAGCGCUCAGCUGUCACGCUCUCAGCUGUGGGGUCAGCAGCAGCUAGCUGCCCUGCAGUCCAGAGAGGAGGAGGUAGUGGUCCUGAAGGUGGAGAUGGCUUCCCUGAGAGAGAACUACCACUCUAAAGUGGCUCAGGUGGAAGCCUUACACACUCAGCUGGACUCAGUAGAGCAGAGCUACAGUGUAGCGCUGGCGGAGGUGGAGGUGCUGAGGCAGGCUCUGGGGGACGCUCGCUGUGACAGCUCCCGUCUGCAUAGAGAGAGCGAGCUAGUGGUGACCAAUGUGAACCAGUGGGUGAAGGAGCAAAAGCAGACAAAUGAAAAGCUGGGGAUGAAAAUCAGAGAUCAGAGCAAGAAGAUUAUACACCUCACCGCUGAAAAAGAUCACCUGCAGGAGACGGUGGAGAAGCUGCAGGCGGAGAUCAGGAAGCUGAAAGCGGAGCUGGAUGAGAGAAGGAUGGAGGCUGAGAGAUAUAAGGUCUUUGAAGAACAGAGCGCAAGUGACCAGAGGAACGCCUCGGCUCAGCUGCACAACCACCAGCCCCCUGCGCCAAGCUGUAGUAGACCUUCUCCACUUGCACCCAGCAGUGAUCUGGCCUUGCAUUACAGGGUGGUAGAGAGGAAGAGCAGUCUAGGAGAGGAGGCAGCCAGUUGUGGAAGAGAUGACAGGACAGGAAAGAUUGGCCUCCAGAGGAGUCUUCAGUCCUCAGAGGGAGAACUGCAGCAAGAAGAAGCCUCUUGCCAUCAACCAGUACCUCAGUUAAUACAUGCGUAUCUACCAGUGCCUGAGACCUCGUUCGCUGCAGAGGUGGACCGCAGAGUCAGACGAAGGAAGCUGGAGAGGAGACCCCUCCGCCGUCGUACGUAGAAGUCAUUUCUGGAUUUCUCUGAAAUGCAUUGGACAGUUCUGGUCAGAUUCCGCCAGUCACAAUCAUUACCUCACACUGCUCUGUCUACUGUGGGUGGUAAUGCCUAGUAUGAUGAAAUGCCUCAUCCACCUGCACCCACUAUCAGACUUCACUCAAACCCCCACCAUUCAUGUUGCCUUGCUAUGAGCACACUGGUCUGUGUUCUGUCUCACUUACAAGAUAACACCUCACAACUUAUACAUGUGUGGAUGAUCCCAAACCAUCCCCUGAUGUUCUUGAAGAUUUCAUGAUCAAUUUACACACUGCUGUUCCAUGACUUUUGGCAUGUCAUGUACAGGUACAACAUUUUUUACAUGUUUCUUAAAACACUUAAAACACUGGAAAUCAAGUUCUUUUUUACGUUCAUUAUUACAUUCUUAUUAUUUAUUAGAGCCUGUUAAACUUGAAUGUUCUUACAGAGCCAUGAGUUUUUUAAAUGUGUAAUUUUGGUUUAACAUGUAUGUGUUUAUUUAUUUAUUUUCUUUAUUGACUCAAUGACAGUGAAUAUUGUUUUCCCUGAACCUUGUUUUGUUUCAAGGUAAGUAAAGGUUUAAACAGUCAAAAAAGUUUGCGUGCCGGCUUUUGGCAUUAGUUUUCAUGUGAUUCUUUGUGUAGUUUUAAUGAAGUGUGUUUUUGAACAUUACCAGUCAAAGAUUUGGGGACACCACUUUUUAUUCUACUUUGUAGGUUACCAUUAAGAAUACUAGAGGAUAUGAACUAUGAAGGAACUCAUAUUGAAUUAUGCAGUAAAGUAAACGUGUAAACAAACCACAGUAUGUUUUAUACUGUAUAUUCUUUAAAGUAGCAGUGUGGUCUUUGAUGCCAGAUUUGCCCACUCUUGAAAUUCUCUUAUUUAGAGGUCUUAGAGUUUAUCCUUUUUCCUCACUAUGUUCUCUAAUUAAUUCCAAACUCACCUUAAAAUCAUUCCAAACUUAUCCCUGAUGCUAUCUCAUCCCAAUCUCUUCCCAGACUCUCCCCAAACUCACCCUGAGUCUCUUUAAAGACUUUACCUCAGACUCAACCCAAACCUACCACAGACUUUGUCCCAGACUUCACCCCAGACUCAACCCAAACCUACCUCAGACUUCACCCCAGAGUGCGUCCCAGACUUCACCCCAGACUCAACCCAAACCUACCCCAGACUUCACCCCAGAGUGUGUCCCAGACUUCACCCCAAACUUAACCCAAACCUACCCCAGAGUGUGUCCCAGACUUCACCCCAGACUCAACCCCACCCUUCCCCAGACUGUAUCCCAGACUCAACCCAAACCUACCCGGGACUGUGUACCAGACUUCACCCCAGACUGUAUCCCAGACUUCACCCCAGACUCAACCCAAACCUACCCCAAACUUCACCCCAGACUGUGUCCCAGACUUCACCCCAAACUCAACCCAAACCUAUCCCAGACUGUGUCCCAGACUUCACCCCAGACUGUGUCCCAGACUUCACCCCAGACUCAACCCAAACCUAGCCCAGACUUUCUGCAGACUUUGUCCCAGACUUCGUCCCAGACUUCACCCCAAACAUACCCUAGACUGUGUCCUAGACUCACCCCAGACAUUGACCCAGACUUCACCCAGACUCAUUUUUUUUGUUUAGCACAUAAAAUAAAUGAAACGUAUUAGAAGGUGUAUCCAAACUUUUUACUGGUAUUAAAUGUGUCUCUUACAUUUCUCACAGACCUUUAUUGGUUCUGAAUUUUGUACUAAGCGUAAUAUGCACUGCAUCGAUCUACACUGCUUCUGUUCUGUUUAGCUUACUUAGACAUAAAUCAAUGAUCGCAUAUGAAAAAAGGCUUUGUUUUGUUCAUUUACUCAAAUACAGCGGUAUAUUUGUGGCUCGGAGCAAUUCACAAUUGAUGUUCAGAUCAAUUCACGUAUUUUAUUGGUUCAGUUCUCAUGUCUCAGUCAUAAAACUGUGUGGAAAUGAUAAAAACAUUAAAACGCUGCCGCUAACUGUGCUAACCAUGCCGAUUCCUGUGUUACGCAGUGCGUUACGGAGUGCGCGAAGUGGCCGCUCUUUGCCUCCCCGAGCGCUCCCGGGCAGCGAAAGCGAGCCCCAGCCGCACGACGGGAUGAAGCGCGCGAGGCUUAAUCCGGGCCUUACAGGACGAGGAGACCGUCUCGCUCCGCUCAGGCAAAAUCAAUAGGCUACAUUCUCCCUAGCACAGCAGUCAAUACCCAACACUUAAGGUGUCUGUGAAAACUAAAGAAAGCCAAUAAUUGUUAUUAAUGCCCUGAAUUUCCCCAAGCACAGCUUUUAAAGGUAAUUCCGACGUAACCCGCGUUCCUUUACUCCGCCAGCGCCGUCCAUCAGCCCGUGAGUAAUAACGAUAUGCAAAGAGACACACUUUCACAUUCAAUUAAAGGGGGGAUGAAGAAAAGUCGCCUGUCUGCUUAGUGGUAAAUACUAUUGUGCAGUUUGUGAAGCAUUUUUAACCUUACAGUGUCAUUCUAUAUGUAUUUUAUGUCUAUAAGUGUUUAUCUGUUUUCGCAGAUUAACUCUUAAUAUUCAUUUAAACAUAGGGAGAGAUAUUGAUCAACACAUCAUGUCGGGGUGGUAUGUGAUCAACCAAAAAUAAAUAUUUAGCCAGAAUUUGAAUAUCGAGUAACAAACAAAUUGUCUUUAGCAUAUUUUUAUUUAUUUAAUGCAUUUUGUCUUGCUUUGUGAAGGAAAAAUAGACCAAGAAAGUCCAAGAAAGUGCAACUGGCCAUGCACUCUCUGGGUGGUUAUAUGGCGCUCUCUCUCCCCCAGCGUGUUUGGUGUGUUCCUCAGCCUAGCGUUAAAAGGUGGCUUUUUCAAUCCGCUAGUGCUGCAGUUAGCGGCUAAUGCUAAUGCUAAUGCUGCUGCACCCAGCCUUAGUGCUGGAGAAACUUCACUGAAAACUCACCCUUAUGCAAAAUAUCAGCAAUCUAAGCUUACUGUUAAAAAAUGGAAGCACUUUACUCACCAAAAUAAACAGUUUUCAGGACGGAAAUCAGUGUAGCCUAAUGUGUAGAUUAAGGAAAUAUCUUUUUUAAGAAUUACAAUUUGGUGUACGUAGACGCUUCCUCCAGCUUCCACAUUAAAAGAGAAACAUGGCGACACCCUUGUUCACUUUGAUGUAGGCAUCCUUACUAGCGUCGCUUAAUGCACCAUAUAAUCCGGUGCACCUUAUAUAUAAAAAUAGACCAGAAAAAAACAAUCAUUGAUAGUAUACCUUAUAAUCCGGUGUGCCUUAUAGUCUGAAGAAAAGCUACUAAUACUAAAGAUACUAGUAUCUAACAUAUAUCAAGAUGGUUGUCCUUUACUUGUAUAAUUAUAAUACUGCUGUUUAGUUAGGACUGAUAUGGUUUAAAUGUUGUGUUAAGUGCUGGAUGGCGUUGCUAGAGUUAGGUUAGGUUGCGUGUGUGUGUGUUGCAGAGUACUGUUUGAAGAGCUUUGGUCAGAGUGCCAUUAUUGUGCAAUAUUUGCACUCCUAGAACAUCUCUCAGCCAAUCACAUUGCAUGGUCAGAACUGCCAGUGGUAUAAAUCAAAAUCUACCUGAAGAGACUCAGAAUAAAGCACCUAUUCUGAACAUCAUGUUCAUCAAAUUGUGAUUUGUCCUUAAUAAGGCCGUUCAUGCAAGACAACUCUACACAGAUCAAGCAUAACAUUAUGACCACCUCCUUGUUUUAGUAGAUAAGAUCCUGACAAUUUGGUCAUGCUGAUUGUCUCACUCGAUCAGGUUGAUUUGCUGGCUUGUAACAUGGGGGACUAUAGGGUAGUUCAGGGAAGUACAGGGAGAGAAGGGUAAUUUAGGAUAGUGUAGGGAAGUACAGAGCGGUAUAGGUUAUUAUAGAGUAGGUAUAGGGCAGCAUAACAUAGUUAGGGGUAGGGUAGUAUUGGGAGAUAUAUGGUAGUGUAGGGAGUAUAGGGUGGUAUUGGGUACAGUAGGGUAAUAUAUGAGAUGCAUAAUAUAUGGAGUACAUGGUGGUAUUUGGUCUAAGCUUAAAAAUGUAAGUAAAAAAAAUAAAAUAUAGAGAAAUAUAGGUUUGUGUGGAGUAUUAUAGGGUAUCAUAAUGUAUUAAAGUGGAGUAUAUGGAGAUAUAUAGUAUAAAUAAAGUAUAUGGGAGUGUAGAUAGUAGAUUUUAUAUAUGGAAUAAGUAUAUGGGAGUAUAGGGUAGUAUUGGGUAUAGUAGGGUAAUAUAUGGGAUUGUGUAUAAUAUAUGGAGUACAUGGUGAUAUUGGGUCUAAGCUUACUGGUAAAAAUAUAAAAUAAAGAGAAAUAUAGGUUUGUGUGGAGUAUUAUAGGGUAUCAUAAUACAUUAAAGUGGUGUAUAUAUGGAGAUAUAUGGUCAUAUAGGGUGUACAGUGUAGUAUUGGGUGUAUUAGGAUAAUAAGAUAAUAUAUGGGAGUGUAGCUAGUAGAUCUUAUAUAUGGAGUAUAUACUGGUAUUGGAUAGUAGAGGUAUAUGGGAGUAUAGAGAACUGUAGGUGUAUUAUAAGGUUGUAUAGGGUAGUAUAUCGAACAUGUGGAUUAUAAGGUCGUAUUGGAUGUAUACAGAAUAUAGGGUAGCGUAGGGAUACAGGGCAUCGUGGGGUAGUAUAGGGAGAAUAUUGUAAUAUAAGCAGUGUGUGGUAUUAUAAGGGAGUAUAGGGCAUUGUAGGGUAAUAUAAGGGCUGUGUAAAAUAUUUAGUAGAGACGGUUCAGGGGUGUAUGUUGUUAUAGGGUAGUAGUAUAGAGAAGUAUAUGUUUGUAUGGGGUCUUGUAGGGUUGUCUAGACUAUGGUAUUGCAUAAGAGAUUAAAACAUAAAAUCUUAACCAGGUUGAAACCAGACUGGUUGGUAGGUAGUCAGUUUUCCUACAGUACGUCGCUAUAAAAUCAUGUUUCACUCACGGAUAUUGCAUACCAGAUACGUGAUCAUAAAACCGUAGUUGGAAUCAGAGAGAGCACAAUUGGCCACGCUUUCUCUGGGUGGGUAGAUGGUGUUCUCCCCUUAUCUCUUCAACAGUGAGUUGCUGAAUUGUCAUGUAUCGAAAAGGGCAUUUGCUCAUCCUCACCCCACGUCAUAUGGACGAUCGGGGAGAAAAUGGCCUACAAAUAGAGAGAGAAUGGAUAAAUAUGUUCUCCUUGGUGAAUUGUACUGAAUGUCUCUAACUGUGAGAGAGCACAAAAUGACUCAGAAUGCUAAAAUUCCUCGUAAUGAAUCAGGAGCAGUAGCUUUUACUUUAAGCCACGGGAAGAAGCCGCUGAACGUUACAUUUACGCUGCGACGAGCAGGUGAUUUAACGGCCGCAGGUGAUUUAACGGCCGCGGAGGGGGCGCCGCGGGAACGUUCUCUUAAAUUCCAUCAAGCGGAAAGCCGAGGCCGGCGGGGACCGAGGGGACGCGUGAGAUCAGGACGGGCUCCGGUUAUAUUCCCACCGAUACAGACGUAGCCACGGGAUGUAAUUGGUUCCCAGAAGACUGUUCAUUACGCAGAGUAAGAGAGGCAGCAGAGAGAGGAGCGCGGAUGGACGAGAAGAACGCCGCAUUCCUCUCAUUGUCUUUAUCGGAACACCGUCACACGGCUCAGGGUAAUUAAAAGUGCAGCCGAUGCCGCGCUUUUCUUCAUCGAUCUCAUUUGGGCCGUUGUUAGGUUUGUAACGGCAGCAGGCCGCGUGCCUGAGCGCUCUGUAAAAGUCAUAGCUACCCCAGAGCUUUGAGCAGAUAACCAUAUAUGGCUUCUGUGCUUACGUAGACAGGUCUGUGACCAAUGUGUUAUUUGCAGAUAAUUGAUAAAACUGUGUUGAAAUCACAGCUAGUUUACAGACAAUAAUUUAGUUAGGUAUUUAAACAUGAUUACAUUAGAGGGGGUGCUGUAAGGUAAGGUAUUAGUAGGUAUUACUACACAAAAACUACAGUAAUUGUGUAGGGUAAAAUGAUGUUCUAUUGUGUGUUGUUAUGCAUAAACAGAAGCAGCAGGAAUCUCAGUCAUAGUUUAUUGUGCUGGAUUAUAGGGUAUAAUGGGGGAAUAUAGGGUAGUUUAGGGAAGGUUUGGGCAGUAUAGAUUAUUGUAGAGUAGGUAUAGGGUAUUAUAACAUAUUAAGGGGGAGUAUAAGGUAGGGUAGUAUUGGGAGAUAUAUGUAAUGUAUAGUAUAGGGUAGUAUUUUGUAAAGUAGGGUAAUAAAUGGGUUAGUAGUAAAUGUAUAUGUAGAAUAUGGUGAUAUUGGGUAGUAGACAUAAGAAGAGAAGUAUAGAUUUGCGUGUAAUAUAAUAGGGUAUAAUAAUAUAAUAGGGUAGUAUAAGGUAUAGAGUAUUAAAGAGUAGUGUAGGGAGAUAUAUGGUAAUAUAUGGAGUAUUGGGUGUAUGACAGUAAUAGGAUUAUGUAUCAGAGUGUAGAUAAUAGAGCUAAUAUAGGGAGUAUAUGCUGGUGAUUGGUACUAGAGGGAGUAUAGAGAAGUAUAAGUGCAUUUAAGGUUAUUUGAUGUGUCUAUGUAGUAUUAGGUAGUAUGGGAUGUAUACGGAAUAUAUAGGGUACUAUAAUGAUACAGGGUAUCAUAGGAUAGUAUAGGGAGAAUACUGUAAUAUAAGGAGUAUGGGGUAUAAUAAGGCAGUGUAGGCGAUUAUAGAGUAGUAUAAGGGGGGGUUGGGUAAUAUAGGGGAGAGUAGGUAGUAGAGAGUUUAGGGCUUAUAUGGGCUUAUAGGGGAGUAUAGAGAAGUAUAUGUUUGUAUGGGGCAUCAUAGACUAUUAAAUGGAAGUAUAUGGUGUAUUAGGUAGUAUUGAAAGUAUAAGGAAUAUAAGGUAGUAUAGGUAUAGAGGAUAUCAUGGGAUAGUUUAGGGACAAUCUACUACUUAUAUGAAGUAGUAUGAGUAUGAGUGGGUAAUAUAGGGGAUAAUAAGUAGUAAGGAACAUUUAGGGGGUAUAGUAGUAUUUAGAUUAAUGGGUAGUAUAGGGUAGUAUAGAGAAGUAGAGUGUUGGGUGGAUUUGGAGCUAUAUGGAAUAUAUAUGAUUUUAGAAUGAUAUAGGGUGUCACGGGGUAGUGUAGUAUAGUAUAGGGAGCAUACUGUGAUAUUGUGUAGGGGAGUAUAGGGUAGUAUAAGGGUAGUUGGGUGAUACAGGGGAAAGAAGGUAGUGUUGGGUAGUAUUUGGAUUAUAGGGUAGUAAAGGGGCUAAGAAUAGAAAGUAUACGGUAUAGCAUACAGGGCAAUAUAGAGUAGAGUGAGGUGGUAAUGUUUGGUGUAAGAGUAAUAGCAGGUCAUGGUUGAAUAUAUGCUGUAUGUCAAGCAAUAAGAAUGAAACUAAUGGAAUAGCUGGAGGUGAGUAUGGCUUGAUUGGUAGAAACAUUUUUUAGAUCAAUCUUUCUUUCUCAUUCUUGCAAUCUUUGAACUUUUUGCCUUUGUUUUGUACGUGCAUUUUUAAAAUUCUCCAAAUGUUGGACCAUCUCUUAAUCUAAAAACGCACGCCACGAUCCCCCAGCGAGAAGAACAAUACGUCCGCGGCGAACCGCACCGCGAACUCAACCCCCGGAGUACGGUUCCGCUUUAAAUCCGGUCUCUCCCGUCCCCGCCGACACCCCGGCCGAUUUAAUUCCCUUCAUCAUCACAAAGACCUUUGGCAGAAAUCUCCCGUAAAGCUGACCGCAGGCUCCGUCACUCGGCCGGGGGAUUUUAAAAUGUCAGCCAAUACCGCAGAUUUGCCCCAAUUAAGUGAGCGCGGAGGACGGAUCCGCCCGCGUAAGACCGUCCUCGGCAGGAGAACCUUCACGCGUAUUAGCAGACCAGUCAUUAAACAGAGGAAAUCGAGGCCUAGUGACCGUCCCUGACCCACAGAUGCUCAUUUUGUUGUUUUAAUCUAGUCAGAAAAUGCAUUUCCCACAAGAAUGAUGAUAUCAUAAUACCGUGAUUCUGUGAUACUCUAUAUAUUACAAUUAGUGGUGUCAGUGGUAAAAAAAAAAAAAAAAUGUGAUUAAUCACAACAAAUAUCUGUGUUUAACUGCGAUUAAUUGCAUUAGUAUUUAUUCAGACGCCAAUUUUUAUAGUGGAUAUUUAUAGGUAAAUAAAAGAAUGAAUGUGAGAAAUAAAGCACUCUGAUCGAGUCUGAGUUGGAAGUUCAGACCACGCCGUUCAAUCGUUUAGCCAGAAAACAAAUCAGUGCGAAGGGCAGGGGCGGGGCAGAUUACGGCAGAAGUAGGAGUCAAACUUGGUGCCUUAAUUAACUUGUGUUAAAAAAUGGUAACGUGUUACUGAUUCCAAAUUAACAGCGUGCGUUAAUGUUGACAGCUCUGCUUACAAUACCAUUCUGUACUGCGAUACAUCAUGGCAUCUCACGGUUACUGAAAAGGAUAAAAUACUCUAAAAUAAAACACUGAAAUACUUCAGAGAAUUUAACAGCCAAUAUCCUUGACCCUAUAUGAUCCCAUUUGAUGGUAGUGCCAAUGAAAGAGUAAUGAAGCGGUAAAUGUAGUAAUUCAAAUUUGGGGGGUGGUUCUUAAAGACCCUUUUUUUAUAUAUUUUUUUUAA